AGACGGCGCUACUGAAAUUCACUGAGCUGACCAUCGGGAAUGUCCUGGAUUAUCGCCACCGCUUCCGGAAGGUCUGCGAGAUUCCCUUCAACUCCACCAACAAGUUCCAGCUCUCCAUCCACGAGAUGGAAGACCCCCUGGAUCUGCGAUACCUGAUGGUGAUGAAGGGAGCACCAGAGAGAAUCCUGGAACGUUGUGCCACCAUCAUGAUCAAAGGGCAGGAGUUACCCCUGGACGAGCAGUGGAAAGAAGCAUUCCAGACGGCCUACAUGGACCUCGGAGGGCUGGGAGAGAGGGUGCUAGGAUUCUGUCACAUCUAUCUGGCAGAGAAGGAGUUUCCUCGAGGCUUCACCUUUGAUACGGAUGAGAUGAAUUUCCCGACGGAUGGGCUCUGUUUUGAUGGACUCAUCUCCAUGAUCGACCCACCCAGAGCCACAGUCCCCGAUGCUGUGGUUAAAUGUAGGACGGCUGGGAUCAGGGUGAUUAUGGUGACUGGUGACCAUCCGAUCACUGCCAAGGCGAUUGCUUGUAGUGUUGGCAUCAUCUCUGAGGGCAGUGAGACUGUGGAGGACAUCGCAGCUCGCAAGAGAGUUCCCGUCGAACAAGUGGACAGACGCGAGGCCCGAGCAGCGGUUAUCAAUGGGGGCCAACUGAAGGACAUGACCUCGGACGAGCUGGUGGACAUGCUGCGCACGCACCCAGAGAUGGUGUUUGCCCGAACUUCGCCCCAGCAGAAGCUCAUCAUCGUGGAGAGCUGCCAGAAGUUGGGAUCCAUUGUGGCUGUGACGGGAGACGGGGUCAAUGAUUCUCCGGCCCUAAAGAAAGCGGAUAUUGGGAUCGCGAUGGGAAUCGCUGGAUCAGACGCAGCGAAAAAUGCAGCAGAUAUGAUCCUCCUGGACGAUAACUUCGCCUCCAUUGUAACCGGUGUAGAACAAGGGCGCCUGAUCUUCGACAACCUGAAGAAGUCCAUCGCUUACACACUGACAAAGAACAUUCCGGAACUGGCGCCGUACCUCAUCUACAUCACCAUGAGUGUGCCCCUGCCCCUCGGGUGUAUCACCAUCCUCUUCAUCGAGUUGGCAACCGACAUCUUCCCAUCAGUCUCACUUGCCUACGAGAAAGCAGAGAGUGAUAUUAUGCACAUUAAACCGAGAAACCCCCGGAAGGAUCGGCUGGUGAAUGAGCAACUUGCAGCGUAUUCCUACUUCCAGAUCGGAGUCAUCCAGUCGUUUGCAGGAUUCACUGACUAUUUUACUGUGAUGGCCCAGGAAGGCUGGUACCCGCUGCUCUGUAUCGGACUCCGUGCCCAGUGGGAGGACCAGAGCCUCAACUCGCUGGAGGACAGCUACGGGCAGGAGUGGACGUACUGGCAGCGUCGCUAUCAGCAGUACACCUGCUACACCGUCUUCUUCAUCAGCAUCGAGAUGUGUCAGAUCGCUGACUGCCUGAUUAGAAAGACCCGCCGCCUCUCAAUGUUCCAGCAGGGAGUCUUCAGGUGA